GGGUCAGGAUCUCUCACAGUGCAGUAUGACUCUGACAGACACUGAGAAGGCGCUGGUUCUGUCUCUAUGGGAAAAGAUUGCUCCUAAGGCUGAAACACUGGGAGCGGAGGCUAUGGACAGCCUUACCACUUCCUCCAAAGAAGCUGCUAAAUACUUUGAGAAGUUUGAUAUAUCCAAAAACUCUCCCGAUAUGCUUGCUCAUGGAGGAAAGAUAAUGAAUGCUAUUGGUGAUGCCAUCAAAAACUACGACAAACUAAAGGAAUCCAUGACAACCCUCACUGACUUACACGUGAAUACAAUCCAUGUGACACAGGAUCUCUACGAGCUCAUGUGUGGGUGUAUUAUAGCCGUUCUGAGCAAACACUUUCCAGAGGAAUUUAAUGACAAGAUGGCGGCCGUGUGGAAACCAUUCCUUGAUGAGGUUUGUCGUGUCUUGGCUGGGAGUGAGGAGAAGUGAGGACUAAGAACAAGUAAUCUGCUGUAAUGCUAAGAUCCAGUAUAACUUGCAAUGAAUUAAUAUCUAGCAAAUGGUUACUUCUCACCAGAAUUGCAAAUAAAAUGAGACUGAA